AGCCGGUUAGUCGGUCUGAAUCCUCCGUGCCGGCUACAUUUACUGGAACGCUCCAGUCCGUUUCGAAGUGUGUCUGCCGCGUUUUCUACGACGCGCGAAUAAAACCUCCCUCGAAUUCGAUUCUGAAGAAAAUUCGUCGUACGAAAUAUUCUCCGAGUGCGCGAAACUACGCCGAGUGCCGUCGCAGUCUGCGAUGCGAACAAAUAGUUUGUCACGGUGAAUUAUUUCGACAAUGUGAAGUGCACGUGACUGGGAUUUAUAGCAAUAAUCGAGGUUCGAGCCUGCGCGCGGAUAAAAUGUCAGCGCAGCGAGGAAAUUAACAUAGGUUGCAAUGUUGCUGUCUUCGCUAUGAACGAGAUUCGUUGCUACGCUGAUUCGCCCGUGCUCGCUGUACAUCAGUCAUUCAACCGGAAUGGGAAAGCACUUAGGGGAUCGAAGAAAAGUGUGCUAUUCUAUACAACUGACUGUGGUGACGAAAAAGAAGAUUUGGGACUCAAGCUUCAACAACGAUCAGUGUCUUUGACUGCUUUACAUACUGGGCCUGGUUCACAACAGCAACUUCUGGAACCUAGAAUGGCGCAACUGGAGACCUUGGAGGCGAAGAUGGCCAGCAUUGAAGUGUCAUUGUCGACAACACCGAGACGAAAAAAGGGUGGAAGCAUUUCUGGUGGAGUCACGUCGCCUGCUGGACAUCGAAACAGAGAUCAUUAUAAGGAAGUGGACGCUCUUCGAGUUGCGCUACGCGACAAAGAGAAUAUUAUUCAAACAUUGAAAGGGCAGCUGUGCAACACCCUGAGCAAUCGAUUAGCAUUGCGCAAUGGUGCACCACCUUUGACAGAGGCGGACAGAAAAGUGACAGAGGAGAGACUACAGAGGUUACGACGUGACGCGGAUAAUAAGCGACUCGCGAUUAAGAACUUGAAACUUGCACUUGAACGCUUAGAUAUUACCGACAACAUCGAUGUUCGGAUUCAACAAGCCGAGUUAGAGUACAGACUUGGACGAGAAGAACUUGAACUUCUGACCCUUCGCGAAGAAAGUAGAGCUCUUCAGGCAGCCUUAGAAUUAGCGGAGACUCAGGAGAAACAAAAGAAUGACACGAUAUUUAGCUGUAUCACUGGUUCUACGCAAGUAACGAUACAUGCAGUGGAGGUCAGCGCAGAUCCUAAAAGCCCUCGUUUUGGAGCAGGACCGAGAGAGGAUACACCUGGUCUUUACGUCGAUUGGGCAGUCGAAGAUUCCGGACUCUGCAAAGGAGAUAGGAUCUUGGAGGUAAACGGAAAGCUUGUGGUGGGAGCCGGCAGGAGCGACUUGGCGAGACUCCUGGCCGUCGCGCCCGACGCGGCACAAAUCGUGGUCCUUCGAAAAGGUGAAUCCCUUGCAGCACUCCGCACACUACGAUCAGAUAACCUCAGGCUGACUCACAGAAUCGGAUAUCUCGAAGAACAGGUUAGGGAUCUUCUGGCACCAAGUAGAGCCGAGGUCCCCGCGGAUCCUCCGCCGACUCGCCAAGAACAAGUUCAGGUUUUCCAAAAGGGGCCACAAGUGACCGCAUUAGUCGCGAAUCUUCCUGGUCUCAAUGUCAGAAAUUCGAUGGAGCUGCGCCAGAGUUUACCGACGGUGAGGAACAGACACAGCGAUCACUCGAAACGCUUAAUGGAACCAAAAAAUCUGAAGGACGUUAAUUUGUCGUUGGACGGUAUUACAAAUAGUCACCAUAAGUCGAGAAAUAGGCAAAAGCACCAAGGAUUCCAAUUAACCGGAUCGACAGCUAGCUUGGAUUGCAAACAGAUACAGAUGCAAUCGCAACUGCAACGUAGAAGACCGCCACGCGUUGAAUCGGCUAUGGAACACUUGUCAAAAAAUCGCAAAGAUUCGUCGCGAACUCAGGCCUUAGACUUUGACUCUGAACCAACGUAUUAUCGGUUCCAGGAUAUACAAUCACGAGCGUCGGAGAACUCUGACAUGUCGAUGGUGUAUUGUUCGCAAGAGACGAAAUCCCGUCCAGCACCGCCGAAGAAGCCACUCCGAUUGUCUUUACACCGUGCAGCGAGCCUGCAAUCCGUGGAAAGUGCUCCACCUUCUGCCCAUCACGACCUGGGCAAGAAGCCAACAAAGAGGAAUCAUAAAGGUGAUCCACCGAUCGAGAAAAAUCCACGAGGGGAAGUAAACGAAGAGACGUGUAAUCAAAUUCAAGAAUUGCAAUACAAUUCACCCCAGCCACCCCCAAGGACUCCUUCCAGGGCGGAAUCGUGUCAGAGCGCGCUACGAUGGCCAUCCCCUAAACCAAGACCACACUUGGCAUCCGUUACGAUGGAAAAGUGGUGCUAAUGGAAAACGACGUUAUUCGCGUAAUAUACGCGAAUUCAUCUGAUCAAAUUUGACCCGGACUAGUUAAAAAAAAACAACAUUUUUAUGUAUUUUAAUACAAAUCUUUAUUAUCGCCUUCAAAAUAGGCUCCUUUUGAGCCAAUACAAGCAUACCAACGGUUAAUCCAAUUUUCCAUACACUUCUUGUAGGCCUCGACCGGGAUGGCCAUUAGUUCCUUCAGCGAAUUUCUUUUUAUGGCCUCGAUCGACUCAUGGCGUGUUCCCCGAAGCGGAUAUUUGAGUUUCGAAAACAGAAAAAAGUCACAGGGAGCUAAAUCUGGCGAGUACGGUGGCUGAGCAAUGACUUUUGUUUCGUGUUUGGCUAAAAAUUUAGCCACAAUCAGGCUAGAAUGCUAGAAAAUUCAGAUCUUUCGGUACGAGUCUGGCGUCAACGCGCUUCAUACCCCAAAACAUCAACCACAAUGUGUUGAGUUGAACCAUAAAAAAUGUUGAGAGCCUCUGCUAUCUCUCUAAUGCCGACCCGACGAUUUCCAAGUACGCUUUCCUUCAGUUUUUCAAUAUUAUCGUCAUUAACAGACGUGGAUGAACGACUCGCAUGAGGCAAGUUUUCUACGACUUCACGACCCUCACUGAAUGCUUUAUGCCACUCAAAUACUUGAGUUCUCGAUGGGGUAGACUCCCCAUAACACUUCUGUAACAUUUUCAAAGACUGCGUAGCCGUGAUUCCAUUGGAAACACAAAAUUUCAAGAAAACUCGUUGUCCCAUUUUUUUUCCGAUAGCAAAAAUCGCCAGACAAUCUUUUCGCGUCGUACACAAAUGACUGCCAGACUCACAAAAAUGGACGUAUCCCGCGCGCACUUCACACGAAUGUCAAAGAAGAUUAUACCAAACUAGAACAAAAAUAUUUUAACGAUUCAGUUUACGCGAGCAAUUUAAAUGGACCAGUCCGGGUCAAAUUUGAUCAGAUGGUAUUCGAUGAAGCACAUUUUCCAUAUAAGCAUUUUGGUUUAAUGAGAAGCAAGUCUCUUAGCAUCUUCAAACUCGGUAAGUACUCGACUCCUUAUUACUAGAGCCUUUCAAAGAACAAAGAUGCCCUCAUCAUUAGCCGUGCAUUGGUAUAUCCGUUUAAGGGAGUAUUCUCUAGUCAGGAGCCUCAAUUUUUAAUCCAUUUUGAGGAUUUUCUUUUUGUUAAUCCAGAAGUAAUUUUUAUAAAGGGUUUUGUACACAUAUUUAUACACAUUUUAAGAAUUUUUCGAAUUCAACAAAAUCUUUGGCAGAGUUAUUUUUAAAGGUCUACACCCGGAGAAAAUGGAAAAAAAACAUCGAUAUUUUAAAAGCUCUAGACUAGAAUACCUCAUUAAGGAUAUUCGAUAUAUUAAAAAACAAAUUAAGGCUAUCAACACUCUCCAGUGAUAAAAAAAUGUUUAUUCCAAUAAUACAUGAUGAAUAAAAGCAUCAUGUAGUACGAUGUAUUGCAUAUUGGAGAAGUUAAAAAUCAAAAGUUGUUUACUUUUCAUUUAUUAUUCGAAACUUCUAUCUACAUUUAAAUCGUAAACAACAGCUCUAAGAAAUUUGUAUGUAUUAACUGAAAAGAAGAAUAAGCAUUUUAUUUAUUUUUAUUGACCGACAUUUUUACUCUGACUAAUUUAAAUACUUACAAAAGAUUGUUAUCAUAAAUACUUCAUUAUAUCUGUAACAAAAUAGUGUACGCCGUUUAUCGUUGGAGAAGUCAAAAGACAUGCUUCUUAAUUUAGUAAAUAAAUAUAAUCGAAGAUCUCUGCUGUUAAAAAGGAAAUUUCCCGUAACUUACAAAGAUUUUAGAUAAUACGUAUGUAAAUACAGUUUGAUACUUUGAUACUCGAUACAUGUAUUUGAAGAAGACUGAAUAUUCCGAACUAAAUUUGUUCACAAACAGACUAUUCUUAAAUAUUAAGUAACUUAGAAUCUGCAUAACUUCGUUCUGCUAACGUCAAGCCCUUAUAAAAUACCAUAAUUGUUAAAAAUUAUAGUUUAUUAUUCAUAACAUUCAUUGCAAUCAUAGUAUUUCCAUAUAUGAGGAUAUAGGCAAGUUAAUGGACAAUAAAAAGCUAGGGGCAGCGACCAAACUAAUUUUUCACACAUAUUCACAUUUUUCACUUUUCUCUGCAUAUAAAUUUAAUUUUACAUCAUAAUUAUCAUAAUUCAACUUCUAAUUGUUAAUUUCUACACUAAUAAUUGUCUAAUACUUGGUUGUUUAAUUUUUAAAAAAAUGUGGCGCCAUCCUCGGCAAACAGCCCAAGUUUGUCGUGAAAUAGUUCCCAGUUCACGCAGACAGAUGGCGCUACGUUUUUUUAAAAUAAAAAACUAAGUAUUAGACAGUUAUUAGCGUACCAAUCGACAACUAUUAGAUGAAUUAUAGUAGUUUUAAUGUAAAAUUAUAUUUAUAUGCAGCAGAAACAAGAGAAUUUAUGUUAUGAAUUAUUUCAAGUCGGCGGCAACAUCUACCGGUGCGGGGAGGAAACUAUUUCCCAACAAACUUAGGGGGUUCCCUGAGAGAUGGCGCCACAUGUUUUUUUCUAUUAUCAUUUAUUUAAAAAACUUGAUAUCAGUCAAUUAAUAAUGAACAAAUCAACAAUUAGAAGUUGAAUUAUGAUAACUGCGAUGUAAAAUUAUAUUUAUAUGUUGAGGAAAAUAGAGAAUUUAUAUUUUGAAUAAUUUCAUGUUUGUGGCGACAUCCAGCGUCUCGAAUUGGGAACUAUUUCACGACAAACUUGGGCUGUUUGCCGAGGAUGGCGCCACAUUUUUUUAAAUUAAAAAACUAAGUAUUAGACAAUUAUUAAUGUAGAAAUCAACAAUUAGAAGUUUAAUUAUAACAAUUAUAAUGUAAAAUUAAAUUUAUAUGCAGAAAAAAGUGAAAAAUGUGAAUAUGUGUGAAAAAUUAGUUCGGUCGCUGCCGAUACCAUUCUUGGGUCUAUUAGCUUGCCUAUAUGCUCAUAUAUGGAAAUACUAUGAUUGCAAUGAAUGUUACGAAUAGUAAACUAUAAUUUUUAACAUUUAUGGCCUGAUUAUUCUAGCCGAGCAAAGCUGGGCUCACUUUUUCAAGUUUUCCAACAGCACUACUUAUAAAAUAUGUCAUUACACGCGUCUAUUUUAACCUCUUUUGAAGCGUUUCAAUUUGUUUUAUCUCGUCUGAUUAGUUUCAUUAUAAUGAAAAAUCGUACUGAACGUAAUUAUAAGUGUCAUAUUAACUUUGACAAAUAGUUUAUAAAAAUAAAAUUAUAAAUAUAGUUCAAAAUUGAUCUGUAACGAAAGCGAUACAAUGACCAUGAAAGGUUUAAUGCAAUCAUAAUUUAAUAAGGCAAUUAACUUCAUUAUUUGUAAAAUGCAAAGUUUAUUGCUUAUUAAAGUAAUUAAGUACAAGAUUGUCACUUCAAGUAUUAUUGUACACGUUUAAUACAAAAUAUACGAAAUAAACAUGUGGAAAAUAUACUCAUUCAUUUAGAGUAUUUAGUAUUAUUAUAAAUGUAAGGAUUUUAUGUAUUUUAUUAUCGUGCGAUAAAACCUAGUUCGAUACACGUACUUACAUUACAUAAAUAAUAUGUAAUUUAGUUUUUUUAAUUGCUAGUCGAAUGAUAAGUUGAUGUAACACGACGUUAAAAAUAUUAUAAACUUCGAAGAAAUAUUAAGAAAUGCAUGUAAUGUAACAUGUACAAUAUGAUGCUCUCAUGUAUUAUAAAUGACCACUACCAGUUCCAUUCAAAUAA